CGGCGGCCGCCGGAGGAGGGAGCGGCUCUGUCAGCGCCUCCGCUCCGCGCGGCGGCGGCUCGGGCGGUCCCUCGCCCCCUGCCUUCGCCGUGGCCACCCGCCCCAAACUUUCAGCCUGUUCUCUCUGCCAGGCGAAGCCCAGCUCGACAUAAAUGGUGGAGGCGAUAGUGGAGUUUGACUACAAAGCUCAACAUGAUGAUGAGCUGACGAUCACUGUAGGUGACAUAAUCACCAACAUCAAGAAAGAUGAUGGAGGCUGGUGGGAAGGACAGCUCAAAGGCAGAAGAGGUUUGUUCCCUGACAACUUUGUAAGAGAAAUAAAGAAGGACAUGAAGAAAGAAAACACUGCCAACAAACCACCAGAGAAGCCUAUAAAUGAAGUUUCCAAUGGAAGCCCUUUACUGUUGUCUGAGACAAUUAUUAGAACCAACAGAAAAGGAGAGAGAAACAGAAGAAGGAGAUGUCAGGUGGCUUUCAGUUAUAUGCCUCAAAAUGAAGAUGAACUGGAAUUAAAAGUUGGCGACAUCAUUGAAGUUGUGGGAGAGGUGGAAGAGGGCUGGUGGGAAGGAAUACUCAAUGGAAAGACUGGCAUGUUUCCUUCCAACUUCAUAAAGGAGCUGUCUGAUUCUGAUGAUGUUGGAAUAGCACAAGAAGAGCAAGUAAAGUCAAGAAAAUCUGCCUUUGAAGGGACAAUACUGUACAGAGUGGUACCGGCAAAGAUUGACAGCUACAGACGUUAUAACAGCCUGAAAGAUGCUACAGGCUCUGAGAGUGAUGGUGGUGACUCUUGCAGUACAAAAUCAGAAGGAGCCAACGGAGGCACGACAAUCCAACCCAAGAAGGUCAAAGGUGUUGGCUUUGGAGAUAUCUUCAAAGACAAACCCAUAAAGCUACGACCAAGGUCAAUAGAAGUUGAAAAUGACUUUCUCCCAGUAGAUAAGAGUGUUGGGAAGAAAUUACCUCCAGCCACAGCAACUCAGGAGCCAACAAAAAUAGAAGUGGACAGCAGAACAAAAAACAAGGAGUAUUGCAAAGUGAUAUUUCCAUAUGAAGCACAGAAUGAUGAUGAGCUCACAAUCCGAGAAGGCGAUGUCGUCACACUUAUCAGUAAGGAUUGCAUUGAUGUGGGUUGGUGGGAAGGAGAACUCAAUGGCAGACGAGGUGUGUUUCCAGAUAACUUUGUCAAACUUCUUCCUUCUGAUUUUGAAAAAGAGAGACCGAAGAAACCACCACCUCCAUCAGCUCCUGUCAUCAAACAAGGAUCAGGGACCACAGAUCGAAAGCAUGAAAUCAAAAAGAUACCACCUGAAAGGCCAGAAUGUCUUCCUAAUAGAACAGAAGAAAAAGAAAGAUCAGAGCAAAAACAGUUAGACUUGCAGAAGCCUUCAGUUCCUGCUAUACCUCCGAAGAAACCUCGGCCACCCAAAGCCAACUCCGUGAAUAGACCGGGUACCUUGCCCCCGAGACGACCAGAAAGACCAGUUGUGCCUGUGACUCACACAAGGAGUGAUAGUCCAAAAGUGGAAUUAGUGGGCAGUACAGUAUCCGGGACUCUAGAGAAAGACUCCUCUGAAAGAAGCAAUGACAUCGACUUGGAAGGUUUUGAUUCUGUAAUACCAAUUGCUGAGAAGCUUAAUCAUCCAACUACAACCAGACCAAAAGCUACUGGCAGGCGACCACCCUCCCAGUCUCUCACAUCUUCAUCCCUUUCAAGCCCCGAUUUCUUUGACUCACCAAGUCCUGAAGAUGAGAAGGAGGAGCAUGUUUCCAUUGCUCACAAAACCCUUGAAGUGUCAAGGAAAUCAAGAACUGUUACAAUAUCACAAGUGUCUGAUAACAAAACUUCCUUGCCUCCAAAACCAGGAGGUCUGGCUAGUGGCAGUAAUGUACAACCAUCACUAUCCCCUUCACCAUCACCUGGAUUUCACUCAAUUGCUAUGGGAACAACAGGCCACAGGUCAAAUUCCCCAUCCCUGUUUGGUACUGAAGGAAAGCCAAAGACUGAGCACUUGAGCCAAGGUCAGACUGCCCUGGAAGAGCUGAGAACACAAGUUAGGGAGCUAAGAACCAUCAUUGAAACUAUGAAAGACCAGCAAAACUUCUUUUGCAUUCUUGUAACAGAAAAGAGAUUAAACAGUUGCUGUCUGAGUUGGAUGAAGAAAAGAAGAUCCGUCUACGAUUGCAGAUGGAAGUUAAUGACAUAAAGAAAGCUCUUCAAUCAAAAUGAAUACUUGAUAGGUGGAAUGUUGCAUUAUUCUUCAUGACUGAGACUCAAAUUUAUGCCCCAGCCAAAAUAACUUUGUGCCAAAUGAUUUAAGAAUUGCCUCAACAUCCCUUUAUUUGAAGGAUUAGCACAACAGUUUUUGAUAGCACAACAAAAAUACCAAUGAAGACAAAAUUUCCACCCAAAGCUGUGCUGUGCAGCACUAGUUGUGACUGAAAUUGAUCUUCUUGUGCUAAAGGUUCUCUACUUCAAGAUCCUAGGUGAAAUGAAAACUCAGGCAGUUUAAUCCAUAGUGGUACUAUUUUGAUGAUAUUUUUCCAUAAAUAAAGUGUAUCUCAGAUUA